AUGAAAUCUGUAGCUUGUUACGUGCUAUUAGCUUUUGUCAGUAUGGCACUUAGUGAUCCCAUUCCACAUUCACGCGGAUGUAUAUACAUUUUGGGAAAAAUUUCAAGAGAAUGUGAGGAGGGUACUCAAGCUUAUACUACUGGAUGUGGAUAUUUAACAAAUGAGGCGACAUGCGAUGAACCAAAUCCUCAACCAGACACGCGAGGAAUGAUAUGUGACUUUUCUGCUUGCUACUGCGCUCCUCCGACUGUUAGGAACACCGUGACCAAUAAAUGUGUCCCGCUUGAAGAGUGCCCCAAUAAGGAAUAA